ACGAAAGUGCGCGCGCUGUCAUAUUUUCGUUCCUACGUCGUUAAAAUCGCGAAAUUAUCUAAGUUGCAUUUUCGCGUGUUGAACGUUCACUUUCCAGUGUGGUAUUAAUAGUGUUCUUACAGUGGAGAACGUGAGCUCGACGUCCAGAUUUAGAUAUUUUGGAAGAGAACCCGAUCUAAUUAUAACCAUGAUGUAGACUGUAUUCUCUCGAUUCACUGUUAUUUUCUCUCAGUGGUGUGCGAUCUAUUGCGUUCUGUGUGCGCAUCGGUAGUGCUUUCACGAUGGGUGAUAUAUCCGAGCCAAUAAAAAAAUGCAUACUCAUACUCAAUGCGGCCAAAAGCGACACGGAAAAAUUCGCUGCAUUGUUCAUGGUAACCAAACUAGUAAAGAGCAAGGACUGUAAUUCUGCUGCCAAAAAAGCUCUAUUUGAAGCUAUCGGUUUCAAGUUCUUGAAGAAACUUCUCACUGGUAACAAUGUUCAAGAUGAUUGUCCUCCGUCUGUUUACAAAUCAGUUGCACUUUCAAUUCUUACAACUUUCUGCAACGAGCCAGAACUGGCGAUACACCCGGAAAUGUUGGCGAACAUACCAGUUUUCCUAGAUAUAGUACAAACCUCGGACAAUGAUGAUUAUGAUGAUAACCUUAUCAUAAUUAGUGAAGCUUACACAUGUUUGCAAUGCAUCGCUGAACAAGAAGCAGGACAGAGGGCACUCAUUGAAGUAGGAGCUAUCACCAAAAUGUCAGAAAUAUAUUCUCACCAGAGUUUUCAAACUGAUGAAGCACUAAACAUCCUCGUGAAGCUAGUCAGCAGGUACGGUCCCGCAGCAUGGGGUAAUGAUGCAACACCUUUCCACGCUCUUGUUAAUAAAAUUGCAUUGGACUUUGCAACAGAUCAAUCGGAAAGAAAGUUUGAAUUAGCUACAAUUUUGAAUGCUCUACUGUACAGCUGCAACAAAUCAUCAGUGGUACCGAGUGCAGCGGAGGAAACAUGGCCUCAGAGCAUUUACAAAGCGCUCAAUGAUAUUCUAACCAGCAAAAUUGGGAAAAACCAAAGAGAUCCUGCCCUCAAACUUGCUGCCAACAUAAUAGAGCUGCUCGGAAUUGAGUGGACUUUUAAUGAUGAGGAAAAUCCAAAGAAGUUCUUCCUUCUGCUCUUGCAAUUGUGUGCAAUUGAAAUUAGAAUGCAAUUAGAAGACAGAAGUUUUAAACAAGCUUUUGCUAAUGCUGAACUUGUGACCGCUUGUUUCAUUGUCCUGGAACUGUCCAUCAAUUAUAUGAGUACGGACCAGUUAGACUUGGAGCAAAAAGAAAAACAAUCUGUGUAUACUAGCCUUAAAGGUGCAUUUAAUGCCAUUGUAUCUAUUUUAACUAAGGUUUCAAAUGACAAAAACAGGGACAAACUUCCUGAUGCUGAAAAAGUAUUUGUUUGUGCCAUGGUAAGAGUGUUAGUGGCUUGGCUGGCACAGGAAACGACAGCAAUGAGAGAACAAGUUUAUGCCUUGUUACCUUUUAUGUUUUCUCUCGCUAAUGACUCUUUCCACGCUCAUCGUUCUAGAAAGUUGGCUCAGAAAAAUCAAUCUGAAGGUGAGCCUAUGGAAAUAGAGGUAGCUCUUAUGGGCCAAAUUGAUUUGCUUAGAUUGAUGUUCCCAGCUCUGUGUCACCUUGUUGUUGAAGACAAAGCAAGAUCUAUCAUCAUGAAUUUGAAACAAGAAGAUAUCCUCUAUGAAGCAAUGAAUUUCCACUGGUCAAUUGUUCAUUAUAAGAAGCCACCUAUACCCAAAUCAGAGAGAAACAAACCAAGAGUACACCCUGAACCAGAAUUAGAUCCGCAACUGCUCGAAGAUAUGAAAGACUCGAGAGCAGCUAUGGUUAGCCUCUGUAACAUAUUUAUGAACCUAACAGUUCUUGAGCCUAAAGUGGUUGAAAAUAGCCUUUUGUUUAACACACUGCUUAAAUUUGUUUUUAAUAACUUGCCUGAACUAAAACAAAUACCUGAAAAUUUAGUGCUACAUGGUCAUCUCGCUGUGCUCGGAUUACUUUUGCUCAAGCAGCAAGCUAAUAAGGUUAAGAAGAAUGACUUCUCGAUAUGCAGAUAUAUUCAAUCUACUAUAAGAUUCCUCUGGGAUGCCUAUAAUGUAGAUGAGUCGAAUGACCCGAAUGCCCUAGUGGUGUCUAUGACUUACAAAGAGCAUUGGAAUGAAAUAGCAGACCUGUGGUUCCUCGGCAUGCAAACAUUAAGUGGAGUGUUGACAAUUGUACCUUGGAUAUCCGAGUUUGCCAUUGAAAGUGGUUGGGCUGAAGGUAUUGCUGAAAUGUUAGUGAAAGUCAAAGUUGGCACAUUGGCACCCAAUGUCAAAUCAGCUUUUGAAGACUUCCUCUGCAGAUUAGUUGAUUCUAAUGAGAGUGCAAAGGCUGUUCUUAAAAAAGGUGGAGCUUUAAAAAUGUGCAGAAAUCACAGAUUGAUGGAUCUUGGAAAGAAAUUGUUCGGUGAUUAAAUGUUUUGAUAUUUCUGUCAAAGGCCACAAAGCUGUUAUUUUUUUAUCCGAGUGUGUACUUAAUGUAUGAAAUAAUAAAUUGCUACACUUUGUACAUAAUCUGUAACACUAAGUGAUUAUGGAUGUUGAUAAACUUAACAAUUCUAUAAAUUAUUUUGUAAUACUUUUUUUAAGUUGAAUACCUAAUUGUAUUAGCAAAUUACAUGCUUUUCAUUAAUAA